GAUGCAUUCAAAACCAGCGUGAAUCUUGUCGCUCGUGUGGCAAACAGCAGAAUUUUACGUCUUUUUCAAUUUACCACACUUCAUUAAAAACGGAUUUGCUUGUGGAUUCCCUAAAGACUGGGAACUGUUAAGAAGAAAGUGGAUCAUGUUUUUAAAAGCAGGUCUGCCUGCACAAAUUGCAUCUAAGUUCAAAUGUGGAAUGCCACAGUUUUGGCAUAAAGUUUUAGAUAUGUGGAUUGUCUACACUGACAGUAUUGAAGGCUGUGAAAAGCAACAGAGUACAAAGUGCAGGUGACAAGAAAAAAUAUGAAAUGAACAAUCCGGAGGCAGUACCACCAAAAAGCAUAAGAAAUGCAGUCAACUCAAAACAAAAGAAAGAAUUAGCUGACAGAAAUGGAAAGAAAAAUUCAGAAAGGAGAGUUCUAAAGAGUAGAAACAAACACAUCAAUGAACAAAAAGAACAUUGUAAUGCCAUAAUAUAUGAGAACAAGAAUGAUGGUGUUGGUAAAAAUGAAGUUUCUUGUAGUAUUCAAUCAAGUAAUAACAUAAAUUAUGGGAAAUUAAAGCCAAAUACUACAGUCUCAGUACUAGGCAAAGAUAGUAAAGAAUCCACCAAUGAUGAAAAUAGUAAGUGCACCACCAAGAAAACUGAAAAUAUGAAAACAAGUGAUAUGAGCAAUGAUUUUACAAAGAAGAAGUUCUGCAAUAUGUUCAACUGAAGACAAAAAAUGACAAAGCUGUCAAAAAGAAAAAUGCAGAGUUUAUUCAUACCUCAACAGAAUAUCAGGCUGUAAAUGAUGUAUAUGCAGCACUUCUAAAGGGAGAACCAAUCACAAAACAUGUAAUAUUGAAAUCAAUUAAUUUUGUCAGUGAUAGUUCAUCUGAAUAUCUUGACUGA